AUGGGGCUAUGGACGAGGUCUUCGAAUGUUGCGGUCAGUGAAUUGGAGUCGACGCGAGAGAUCUUCCUCAGCGAGGUCGAGUGGGAGCUGUCAUGGUUGCUGGGAGACAAGCCACGGUCGCCUCAGCCUCUUGAAGAAACGUAUCCAAAACCAGCAACACUAUGCUUUUUGGAGGCCACUUUUCGACCGCUUCUGCGGCCUCAGCCAGUCUUUAGAGCCGCCACAACAACAAAGAGGGCGGGAUCGAGAGCCCAGCACAGAGGGAACGUCCCGAUCCCAAGUGUCUGGAAGAUCGACCGCAAACUUUCAACUCGGGAGAUUCUCUCCCAGAACAAAAGUGAUCGAUCUUCCAAAUGA